AUGGGCUCCGUGGAGUCCGUGGCGGACGCCGUUUCAAGCUGUACACAGAUACCAUCGCUGAGCAAAGAAGAGAUUCGACCGCCCUGGGCUUUGGCACAGGCAGACAAGUUUGACUAUGAAGAUUGUCCUUUCUGCGACCUCCGCCGGCAUCAUUGUGUCUGGCUCCGCAGCGAAAUCAAACGUCUCAAGUCAGAGGUUGCUGCUGUUCAGACCACCAUCCCGCCGCGGCUUUAUCCGGAGUUGCGCCAACAGCUGGAGGCCGAGCCCCUGCCACCAUCAGGCUACACUGGAGGCGUGGAUGACAUCUCAGCCAGUAGCUGCCCUCGCUGCCCGGAGCAUCGCCAAGAGGUACUCGACCUCCAGGCAGAGGCCAACAAGUGGGAUGCCGAGUGCAAGGCCCGCAUUGAGUUCCGAAGAGGACGUGCCAGAAAGAUCGAAGACAUGCUCAUUGAGAAACGUCAAAUCGAGGCGCGGCUCUUCAGCACUGGCACUGGCACUGCUAUGGACGAUGGCCAUUUCUUUGCCAUCACACGGGUGAAUCUGGCGGACGAGGACGUGAUGACCACCGCUGCUGCGAGACCGCUGUAG